ACCAUUUUAAUUCAUAAUUUAGCAUGACACGCUCCUCAAUAGAUUACGCAGGUAGGCCUAUGCAGAAGAAAAAAAACGAAAUUGGCAAGGUACAAGAGGGAGGGGGAAGGAAGACCAUUACGCAGGUUGUCAUGACAUCACCAGCGGCUGGCUAUAAAGCCGUGAGUAGUAAUUCGUAGAGUUAGAGUAGCACUUAGGAAGCUUGGAGUAAAGACCGACGCAGAGACAGAGAACCAAUAUAAUUUAUCGUAUACUGAACUUCGCCAAAGAGGAAUCCUUUACAACAAAAAACUUGUCAGAAUGAACAUCUCACAUUUGGUGGCAUGUGGACUUAUGAUCACCCUGCUUUCACUGCGGACAGGGGCGAAGCCUCUGACACCGGCGCAACAGAAGUCUCUCAGAAGUUUGCUGGGGGAGGAACUGUCGGAGUUCAUGGCGUCGGACGAGAGAGAGCAGAGGCUGGAAAAAGUGCGCUCCCGGGUACGCUUGCUGCGAGACCUGCGCAUGGACACUCGCGCCAAGGCCAUGUGGGCGCGACUGCUGAACGACCAGCCCAGCGCACGGAGACACAAAUCAAACACCAAGAAAGGGUCCGCGGCCCGGAGCGGCUGCUUCGGACACAAAAUGGACAGGAUAGGCACCAUUAGCGGCAUGGGCUGUUAGAGAAGGCAUAUCAAGACUUGUUGAGCAUUCAGACGAUGGGUUCGGACAACUUGGGUUAAGUUGGUCCUCGCCUGAGGAAAAUUACCUAAAAAGUGACCGAUUUUUGGUACGAAAAGCCACCAAGACCAACAUAUUCAAGGACUGAGACAACAAUGAUAAACACCAAUCCAUAUGUAUAACAUAAAGACCAACACACAUUACAAAAUGGCGGAUAAGGGUGGAAAAACUAGAAACCGCAAAGCUGUAUAUUGUCGCUGCUGCUGUACAUUCGUGUACUUUCAUUCCUGCAUAAAUGUAUUUAUGUUUUAAAAACUAUUUAUAUGUUUAUAAAAAGAGAUAUUUAUAAAUAUGAGUUUUAUUUAUGCAACAUUUUGAAAUGGAUGCAAACUGCAGGUCAAUUCUGUUUGUAACCUUUUUUUUUUGUCCUAAACAGUUGUAAAUGUUUUCAAAAUGAUUAAAAAAAAACAUUC